AUGCUCUCCACACUUCGCCCCGUUGCGCGGUCUGCACUUCGCCAACAACAAGUCCUUCGCAUUGCCAGCGUGAACGCGUCCACAUGGGCCAACGUCAAGGAAGGCCCUCCUGAUGCCAUUCUUGGUAUCACCGAGGCUUUCAAGAAGGAUAGCUUCAAGGAGAAGAUCAACCUGGGUGUUGGUGCAUACCGCGACGACAAAGGCAAGCCUUAUGUACUCCCUUCCGUCCGGACUGCCGAACAGAAGCUCCUUCAGGAUAACCUCGACCACGAGUACGCCGGCAUCACCGGCGUUCCUGCCUUCACCAAACACGCUGCAGUUUUGGCCUAUGGACCCGACAGCAAGCCUCUCAAAGAAGACCGCAUCGCCAUCACACAAUCUAUUUCUGGUACCGGUGCUUUGAGGAUAGGUGGUGCUUUCUUUGAGCGAUUCUACCCUCACGCAAAGACCAUCUACAUCCCCACCCCUUCGUGGGCCAACCACAAGGCCGUCUUCCUCGACUCCGGUCUCGAGGUCAAGCAGUACAAAUACUACAACAAGGACACAAUCGGAUUGGACUUUGACGGCCUGAUUGCCGAUCUCAAGGCCGCCCCUGAAAACUCCCUCGUCCUCCUGCACGCCUGCGCCCACAAUCCCACUGGAAUCGACCCAACCCAGGAGCAAUGGCAGCAGAUCAGCCAACUGUUCAAGGAGAAGGGCCACUACCCAUUCUUCGACAUGGCAUACCAAGGGUUCGCCAGCGGUGACACCGACAAGGAUGCAUACCCCGUUCGUCUUUUCAUCGAGCAAGGCCACGGUCUCGCGCUCGCCCAGUCGUUCGCCAAGAACAUGGGUCUCUACGGCGAGAGAGUCGGCGCAUUUAGCGUCGUGGCAGACAGCGCAGAGGAGAAGAAGCGGAUUGACUCGCAAGUCAAGAUCCUCGUCCGCCCGCUCUACUCCAACCCUCCUGUCAACGGUGCACGCAUCGCCAGCGAGAUCUUGGGCAAUGCCGAGUUGAACAAGCAAUGGCUGGGCGAGGUCAAGGGUAUGGCCGACCGCAUCAUCGAGAUGAGAGCUCUAUUGAAGCAGAACCUCAAGGAUCUGGGCUCCAAGCACAACUGGGACCACAUCACCAACCAGAUCGGUAUGUUCGCAUACACCGGCCUGACCGCCGAGCAGAUGGAUAAGUUGGCGAAGGAGCAUUCGGUCUACGCCACCAAGGACGGCCGUAUCUCUGUCUCUGGCAUCACCACUGGCAACGUCAAGAGACUCGCUGAGGCGAUCCACAAGGUCACCAGCUAG